AGGGAGCCAGAGAGCUGGGGCCCAGAAUAGUCUGCCACGGCUUUAGUCAGCACGACACUGGCCGGAUGCAGCCUGAGCAGGAACACACCCUACAUUGGGUACAGAGGCCCCAGGGAGGGAAUAAAGGGAGUCUGAAGGGACAGAGGGUGAGGUAUAGCUGCAGUCCCUUGGGCUCAGGGCAACUAAGGCUUGGGUUACCAUUCUCUCUCCCCCUUCACCUUGCCUUUUCCUCCCAGACCUUGUCUUGAAACAACCAUGUGGGACAUGGUGGAACCACCAGAAAUGAGUUACUCAGGGGACAGACCUUCAAGGCCACAGCCUUGCAUGACUACCAGCCCAGAUAAGAGCUAUAAAGAACGGGAAAUCAAGGCCUCCAGGUGGACAAGGCAAGAAGCUGUGGAAGAGGGAGACCCCCCUAUCCUGGAAGAAGGAGAUAGCCCACAGGGUGUUCUGGCAAGGCCCGAGUCUGGGUCUACCUCCUCAGAAGACAUAUCCCAAAGCCAAGUUGCUACAUUCCCAGGAUCCGAUUCCAUUAGCUGGGGGCUAGAAGCCAUAGACUUGGAUUCCACAGCCCUGUGUCCAGAGUUCACAUCUAUACCCACAGGGGCUACAUCCCUGGAGCCAGACACUUUAUCAGUGAGGGAGGAAAGGGAGAUUCCGGAGAGAGAGACCCGAAGUCCAUCACCACUGAUUCUCCUGCCCAAACUGGGCUGGGAUGGGGAGCUGCUCCACCCAGGAGCCCAAAUCUACAUGCACUUCAUGCAGGAGCAUAGCUGCUAUGAUGCCAUGGCUACCAGCUCAAAGCUAGUCAUCUUUGAUACCAUGCUAGAGAUCAAGAAGGCUUUCUUUGCUCUUGUGGCCAAUGGGGUAAGGGCAGCCCCUUUGUGGGACAACCAGAAGCAGAGCUUUGUGGGUAUGCUGACUAUCACAGACUUCAUCCUAGUACUCCAUCGUUACUACAGAUCACCUUUGGUUCAGAUCUAUGAAAUUGAAGAACAUACAAUCCAAACCUGGAGGGAGAUUUACCUUCAAGGCUCUUUCAAGCCAUUGGUUUCCAUCUCUCCCAAUGACAGCCUGUUUGAGGCUGUUUAUUCCCUGAUCAAGAACCGGAUUCACCGCCUGCCAGUUCUAGAUCCUGCCUCUGGCAACGUGCUUCACAUCCUCACCCACAAGAGGCUGCUCAAGUUCCUGCAUAUCUUUGGUGCACUGCUUCCCAAGCCACAGUUUCUUUCCCGAUCUAUCCAAGACUUGGGCAUUGGCACAUUCCGAGACUUGGCCGUGGUGCUGGACACAGCCCCCAUCCUGUCUGCACUGGACAUUUUUGUAGACCGCCGAGUGUCUGCGCUACCUGUGGUCAAUGAGUCCGGACAGGUUGUGGGCCUCUAUUCCCGAUUUGAUGUCAUACACCUGGCUGCCCAGAAAACCUACAACCAUCUGGACAUCAGUGUUGGUGAAGCACUGAGGCAGCGGUCCCUCUGUCUGGAGGGGAUCAUUUCCUGUCAGCCUCAUGAAAGCCUGGGUGAUGUCAUUGACCGAAUCGCCCGAGAGCAGGUUCACCGGCUGGUGAUGGUGGAUGAAUCACAGCACUUGUUAGGGGUCAUUUCCCUGUCUGACAUUCUCCAAGCCCUGGUUCUCAGCCCUGCUGGCAUUGAUGCACUUGGUGCCUGAGAAUCCCAGUGUCUUUGUGUCCUAUGCAGCACUCCAAAUCCCAA